AUGAAAGUAGUAAUACAAAAGGUUUCUAAAGCAUCUGUUUUAGUAGAUAAUAAAAUUAUAAGCUGUAUAGGACCAGGAAUUGUGAUUUUACUUGGUAUAGGGGUUAAGGAUACAUUAGGGGACGCAGAUUAUUAUAUUAGGAAAUGUCUAAAUAUACGUUUAUGGCCAGAUCUGGAAGAUAAUCAAAAAAUGUGGAAAUAUAGUGUUAUAGAUAAGAAUUAUGAAGUUUUAUUAGUAUCCCAAUUUACUUUAUAUGGGAAUAUUAAAAAAGGUUCAAAACCUGAUUUUCACUACGCUAUGAAUGGAAAAGAUGCAUUAAUAAUUUUCAAUAAAAUAGUUGAUAAAUUUAAAGAAAUUUACAGUGAAGAUAAAAUUAAAAUUGGAUCAUUUGGUUCUCAUAUGGAAUUACAGCUUGUAAAUGAUGGUCCUGUGACAAUCUGUUUAGAUGAAAAAUCACAAAAAUAA